CCUGAUUGGGCUUCAGGGCUGGGGCCCGGAGAGCCAGAACCCUGCGGGGCUCGUAAGCGGAGGAGUUGCCGCUGCAGCCUCCGAGCCUCUCUGCCUCCGCGGCGGGAGCACCUGGCUGGCGAGCCGCCUCCCCCUGCCCGCGCGCUGCCAUCUCCAGCACUGCCGGCGCCCGGGCGCGAGCCCCGCGUCUGCGACAGCCGCCCCUUCGGCUCCUCCUGCCCGGGAUCCUGCCGCCUCCGACUGCCGGGCUCGCGCGCCUCAGGCUGAUCUAAACGAUGUUUUCUUCUGUGAGACCCUAUGAGAACCAAAAAUAUUGGGCUCUGAAGAAGGAUUGUCUGAAGAGGAAGGUGCUCUUUGAGGACCCUACAUUCCCAGCCAAUGAUGAAUCCCUGUAUUACUCAGGUACCCAGCGGCAAGAUGUCCAGUGGAGACGGCCUAAGGACAUCUGUGAGAACCCUCGCCUCUUUGUAGAUGGCAUCAGUUCUCAUGACUUGCACCAGGGCCAAGUGGGAAACUGCUGGUUUGUGGCUGCCUGCUCAGCUUUGGCUUCACGGGAGUCCUUGUGGCAGAAGGUCAUCCCCAACUGGAAGGAGCAGGAAUGGAACCCUGAAGACCCUUCGAGCUAUACGGGCAUGUUCCAUUUCCAUUUUUGGCGCUUUGGAGAAUGGGUUGAUGUGGUCAUUGAUGACCGACUGCCUACGAUCUAUAACCAGCUCAUCUACUGCCAUUCAAAUGUUAAGAAUGAAUUUUGGUGUGCUCUGAUUGAAAAGGCUUAUGCCAAGUUGGUAGGAUGUUAUGAAGCUUUAGAUGGAGGCAAUACUGCAGAUGCCCUAGUAGAUUUCACAGGGGGUAUCACAGAGCCCAUUGAUCUGACAAUUGAGGAUUAUGCCAAUGAUGAAACGUUGCGGAACCAGCUAUUUGAGCGAGUAUUGAAGGUCCACUCACGUGGGGGGCUCAUCAGUGCAUCUAUUAAGGCAAUGACAGAAUCUGACAUGGAGACCCGGCUGGAUUGUGGACUGGUGAAGGGUCAUGCCUACGCCAUUACGGAUGUGAGAAAGAUUCGUCUGGGCCAUGGCCUGAUGGCCUAUUUCAAGUCAGAGAAGCUAGAUAUGAUCCGGUUGCGAAAUCCUUGGGGGGAGAAGGAAUGGAAUGGUCCCUGGAGUGACACUUCAGAGGAAUGGCAGAAAGUAAGCAAAAGCGAGCGGGAGAAGCUGGGUGUGACCGUGAAGGAUGAUGGAGAAUUCUGGAUGACAUUUGAAGACCUCUGCAGAAAUUUCACGGACCUGAUCAAGUGUCUCAUCAUCAACACAUCCUACCUGAGCAUCCACAAAACCUGGGAGGAGGCGAAGAUCAAAGGAGAGUGGAAGUAUCAUGAGAAUCCUUUGAAGAACCGCACUGGGGGCUGUACCAACCACAAGGAGACUUUCUUCCAGAAUCCCCAGUAUGUAUUCAACGUGAAGAAACCAGGGGAUGAAGUGCUUAUUUGUCUGCAGCAGAAAACAAAGCGGACCACACGCAGACAGGGCAAAGCUGAGAACCUGGCCAUUGGCUUUGACAUCUACAAGGUCGAGUCGAACCGAAAGUACCGCAUGCAUACUAUACAGGAAAGGGCAGCUGGUUCCAUCUAUAUCAAUUCACGCAGUGUCUUCCUGAGGACUGAACAGAAAGAAGGUCGAUACGUCAUCAUCCCCACCACCUUUGAACCAGGCCAGACAAGUGAAUUCCUCCUCAGGAUUUUCACAGAUGUGCGUGCCUCCUGCCAAGAAUUGUGCUUGGAUCAGCCCCGACACUGGUGGUGGAAUAGAAUAUUCGGUUACCCUCAGGUUGUAUCCCAGGUCCAUAUCAUCAAAGCUGAGGGGCUAAGAGAGCCCCCUUCAGAAGGAACUAACUCCUAUGUGAUCAUCAAAUGUGAAGGGGAGACAGUCCGAUCGGAUGUUCACAAGCAUACUGGCAUCCCAGAGUAUGAUGUGAAAGGCAUUUUCUAUCGUAAGAAGCCGGAGCAGCCCAUCAUAGUCCAGAUUUGGAACCACAAAUUCUUUUUGGAUCAGUUCCUGGGGCAGGUGGCCCUGAAGGGGGAUCCAGAUGACCUUCAGACAUCCCACGCCCUGCACCUACAAGACAGGGGCAACGGGAAUACCAACGACCUUCCUGGCACCAUAUCCCUCCAGGUCUUCAGCAGCAGCAACCUCACACACAUCUAGGGCAUCCCCCAGCCCUGGAGAACCCAUGGUCUGUGGGAGGCAUGGCUGGACCUGCUCCUGGGUGGCUCCAGCUUUCUCCUGGAGCCCUUUACACAAUGAGAUUUCUUUAUUUCCCAAGGACAGAUUCACUACGUAGAAGAAUGAUGCAUGUAUCUUCUGGAAUAUGGUGUCUGAGGGUACCAGAGGCCUUCUGGACCCUCGGCACCUUUUAGCCAGUGGAGGGGUGUGAGACCAAGAGCACUCCAGGACAGGGCACCAUUCAGAGUCACCUGUUUAUAAGCUAGUGGCCCUGUAGAUUUUGCUCUUGCCCCUAACCCAUUCUCUGUUAGCCAGUAUCCCCACGUUCCUUUCCUCCCCCUCCCCUCACUGCCCUUCCCCUCCUCCUGUGUUCUCAGUUACCCACCACCCACUGUAAUGAUAGUUUGCCCUCCCUAGGGUCCCUUUUGUUCAGAGAGAGUAGCAACACCUUUGUGUACUGGAGAGAGCACUGAACCAGGAGUCAGAAAGGCUCAGCUUUCAUUGGCUGGCCGACCAGUUAUACCAGGGGACGAUUCCAUCAGUGUAAAGGUAUCCAGUGGCUGGGUGGGACAUAGAGAAAAUCUGGUGGGUUUUUGGCCAGGCCAGAAGCUCUCCCCAAACUGCCCAUCCCAAAGUCAGACUCCUUGUUAGUGGGAAGACUUGCCAGGAUUGUUUAUCCUGACAAGGAUGGACAUCUUCACAUCAGAAUGGUUUCUUUUGUCAGUUCUGUUAGCAUUUCCUCUAAGAGAGCCAAAGCCAGGUUGCUUUGAAAGCGUUCCAUUAGAUCAUUAGGGCCCAUUUUAGAUGUGAAAGGACUUCACGUGGGCACGUGCAUGCAGCCAGGCUCUCUACCGGCCAUCAGUGCCGUAGCUUUUCUCACAAGUUGAACUAACUGCUAUAUGUUGAAUGAUCCCAAUUCCAUGGACCAUCUCAUCCAGGUCAGACCAACUGUUAUCACUGGUUCUCCUCCCAGAGAGGGUCAGUUCCUGUCUAGCUGGACAUCUGCACAUCAGUCUGGAUGACAGCUGGCACUUGUGGGCAAUGGGAUGAUGUGUCAGAGAGCAGUGCCAAGGCAGCCCCUGCACUAAUGAGAGACAGAACUCUUAGCCAUGCCAAAGCCGGGGUCCGGGGGAAAGGGUGCACCAAAAGGCCACCCUUCCUCCUCCAAACAGAAUGGAUUUUCUUCAGCAAAACAGGCCCAAGAAGCCAAAGACUGUUCCUGUCAUCUCAGUAUUAAGACUAAAGUGUCUUAAUGGGUUUCUUCCUCGCUUCCUUGUGGUUUUUCUUAUUUCACAUUUUAGAGGCUAGGCGUUUUCAGUUGAUUAAGAGAAACAGAGGAACAGAACCUACCCCUUUUUUUAACCCUAAUUUUAUGGGAUCUUUUGAACACAUAAUUCCAGGUGGAAGGAAUUAGUGAUAGGAUAAGUGGGACUCUGCAUACCUUUGCAACUUCCCCCCCCAUAACUGGGAUUUGGCAUUGG